GUCAUCUGGCGCCGCCGCGUGGGCGUGGCUAUCUGGGUCCCUGCGUCGCCUCCCCGUCUCCCGGUCCCCAAGGUCCCCGCGGCCCCGCGACCCUUGACCAUGGCUUCCGCGGCCGCCAGCCCCCCGGAGGUGGUCCGCGCGGCGCAGAAGGACGACUACUACCGCGGCGGGCUGCGGAGCGCGGCGGGCGGCGCCCUGCACAACCUGGCAGGUGCGAAGAAGUGGCUGGAGUGGAGGAGAGAGGUAGAACUGGUGUCGGAUCUCGCCUACUUCAGCCUCACCACACUAGCAGGCUACCAGACCCUUGGGGAGGAAUACGUCAGCGUCGUGCAGGUGGGCCCAUCACAGCGCCAUGUGCCCUCGAAGCUGCGACGCGGGAUCCUGGUGGCGCUGCACACCGUCCUGCCCUACCUGCUGGAUAAGGCCCUGCUCCACCUGGAGCACGAGCUGCAGGCCACUGGCGACAGCGCCUGGCCCUUACGGGGCAGUCUGGCCCCCAGCAGCCAGUCAGGGAUGAGGCGCUGGGUGCACCGGUUCGUGGCCACCCUGACGGAACAGCAGCAGGGGGUGCUCCUGCGGGCCAUGUCAGUGCUCAAGCAGAGCCUCGGGUGCCUCCAGCGUCUCCAUGUGGCCUGGUUCUACAUCCAUGGCACCUUCUACCACCUGGCCAAGAGGUUCACGGGCAUCACCUACCUCCGUGUCCGCCGCCCACUCGCAGAGGACCCUUGGGUUCGCGCCAGCUACCAGCUGCUGGGGUUGGUGUCCCUGCUGCACCUGGUGCUGGCCGCAGGCCUGCAGCUCUACAGCUUCCAGCAGAAACAGCGUGCCCGGAAGGAGUGGAGGCUGCAGCGCGGCCUGUCCCACCGCAGGAGCCAUGCAGAGGAGCGAGCAAUUUCCAGAAACCCACUGUGCACGCUGUGCUUGGAGGAACGCAGGCAUUCGACAGCCACGCCCUGCGGCCACCUGUUCUGCUGGGAGUGUAUCACCCACUGGGGCGACACCAAGACGGAGUGUCCCCUCUGCAGGGAGAAGUUCCUUCCCCAGAAGCUGGUCUACCUGCGGCACUACCGCUGACCUCUUGCGGGAAGAGCAGUCUUAUUCUCGUCAACUUCUCCUGCACAGACAUCGAGAAAUUCUUGAGACUUUUGUCACAUGUGAUACCAUGCCAGCUGCCAGGAGGAUGGGUGCUGGACCUGGACUUGGACCUGGCUAAUGCAGGGUGGGUGGGGACCUGCGGGGCAGUCAGUCCACCCUCAGAAUGCCCCUCCCUUCCCCAGUCACUCAUAGGGCGGGGCGUGACUGACCUGCAGCCGAGCACCAGCAGUUUGCCUUCCCAGCAUGAUAGUCCUCCAGCCCAAAGACCUACAGACCUCACCCUUGUCACUGGAGCUGGCUUUGGAGGGCGGGAGCACAACUGUUCCCAGAAAGCCAGAAGUUGUCAUCAACCCUAACACCUCUGGCACGUGCCAUCUAGUGAAUGGUCAAGUCUGCUUCCCAUUCUAGAACAUGGCAAUGUGCAUUCCGGCCUCACCACAGGAGGGGUCUCCUCCCACGUGGAGCACCUGGCAGGCCCGGCCAGCUUGCCAUCACCACUCACUGUUGUGGCCAGCCUGCUUCCUGCCACCUUUGUUAUCUUCAGGUUUUUAGAUCUACUUAAAUCCUGCAGACUGAAUUUUGGUGUAGGCAUCCUUACAGCACCAUUUCCACAGAAGUGCUGGUGUGCUGACACUGUGAGCGGUGCACACACCCAUGUGGGAGGGCCUCUUCACGUGACUUGCGGAGGUCAGCCCCGGAGACCAGCUGUGACCGCGCGGGCCCUGCUCCAGGCAGGCAGGAGCAGAGAGAGGCUCCAUGGGUCCUAAGCCCCGCCUCCUCACAUGGGCCCCGAGUGGCUGCAACUUCCCGUCGAGUCUCACACCAGUGCGCUUACCGGGACAACAGUAUGAAACAGGUCUAGAGCACGAGCACUGCAGGUGCCACGGCCUGGUAACGGGUACCGAUCGGAACGUCAUUUACGUGUGAAGUUUAAAAUUCAGGGUCAGGUACACAAAGAUCUUCAUGUGGCCUCUUAAAAGCAAGAGCUGCUUACUUCACAUUUGCAAAAACUGGCAAAAGAGAAGCCACAAGGGGAAGACUUGAGGUCCAAAACUGAGACAGAUGGAAAUGGCGCUUGGAGCCAGGAGUCAACGGUGUGGCAGUGUGACUGCCUCCCAGGGCGGCUGGGCACCCCACGGGCCCUCGUGGUGCAGGAGCUGUGGUGGGUUAGACAGAGACUACACGAGAGCGGGGACAUUGUCUUUAAUAAAGUUGGAAUUAAAAAGUCACUUAGUAAAA